AUGGCCUCAUUAUUUCAGUUCCGCAAAACUUUCAUUUUGUUAUUAAUUUUGUUAUUUGUAUUUAGUUUGCAUUCGAUAGAAAAGAACAUUUUGACAUCCAAUGAAGUCCCAAGUUCAACCGAUAACAAAUUUCAAAAAUUUGUUCAUCAUUACGACCGAGAUUAUUUAAAUCAUCACAGCUACAACAAUCAUCAACACAAACACUUUGUAUCAAAAUUGAAGUUAAAACUAUCCAAUUUAGAAAAGCGUAAAAAAAAGAGUAUAACCCACAGUAUGAUUAAUUCAGAAGGCGAGAUAGAUGUUUUCAUCAAUGAAACGGCGUCUGGAAUUAUUUGGAGCAUAGACAAAAAAGAUCAGGAAAGAUAUUUUUUUGUUAACGAGGUUCCUGACAUAUUUGAACUGCAUCCAACUCAGGGAAAUAUUCGUUUGAAAGACGGGGCAGUGCUGGAUUACGACCGAGGCCAACAGAAAUAUGUGUUGCAAGUGGGAAUCACUCGAGUUGACGAUCUUAACUGUGAGUCAUUUGCUCCAUUUCUUUCAUUUUCAUAUCUUUUUAUUCAAAUAAGGUUUAUGACGCCGGGAAAGUUUUUCUAA